CAUAAGGUGACGUCUCCUAAACGCUAAAGGUCAAGAAAACACUUGAUUCAUUUUUAUUUGACUUAAAAUUUUCAUAUCUAAAAUCUAGAUUGAUUAAAGUUAUCACUGAUAUUGUCGGGUAACUUGUUAAGUCAAUUAUUGAACCGACCUUGCUUCCUUUGACUUUGGAAUCUUUAGUGAAUUUAAGGACGAAAUGGCCGAGCCAAUCAAAGUUGUAGUAACUGGGGCAGCAGGGCAAAUUGCCUAUUCUCUACUGUACAUGAUUGCGAAAGGUGAUGUCUUUGGUCAAGAACAACCCUUGAUUCUUCAUCUUUUGGACAUUCCUCCAAUGAUGGGUGUCUUGGAAGGUGUUGUUAUGGAGUUGGAAGACUGCGCUUUCCCGUUACUGAGACAAGUCGUCGCAACCGCUGAACCAGAUGUUGCAUUUAAUGACGUUUCUUCAGCCUUUUUAGUAGGAGCUAUGCCAAGAAAACAAGGAAUGGAACGCAGAGAUCUGCUAGCAGCAAAUGUGAAAAUCUUCAAAGUACAGGGUGAAGCUAUUGAUAAAUAUGCUAGAAAAGAUGUAAAAGUUCUUGUUGUUGGCAAUCCAGCCAAUACUAAUGCUCUCAUUUGCUCCAAAUAUGCACCUAGUAUUCCAAAGGAAAACUUUACUGCAAUGACAAGAUUAGAUCAGAACCGUGCACAGGCACAAAUUGCUGCAAAAAUCGGGGUUCCUGUUCGCAAUGUUUCUAAUGUAAUAAUUUGGGGAAAUCAUUCCUCAACCCAAUUUCCAGAUGGAUCCCAUGCUAUUGUUGAAAUCAAUGGAGCUAAGAAACCAGUUCCAGAAGUUUUGAAGGAUGAUAACUGGCUCAGAAUCAAUUUUGUUGAAACUGUUCAGAAAAGAGGUGCUGCUGUUAUCAAUGCCAGAAAAAUGUCUUCUGCUAUGUCAGCUGCUAAAGCUGCUGGUGAUCAUAUGAGAAACUGGUUCAAGGGCACAGAACCUGGAACUUUUGUUUCAAUGGGUGUUGUUAGCGAUGGAUCCUAUGGAGUACCAAAAGAUAUUGUAUUUUCUUUUCCCGUCACAAUUGAAAAUAAAAAUUGGAAGAUUGUUCCAAAUUUACCUGUCAAUGAUUUUGCCAGAAAAAUGUUGGACACCACUGCUAAAGAAUUAGAAGAAGAAAGAACUGAGGCUACAGCAAUAAUUGAAGCAUGACUAGUUAGCAAGUUAUAAAUGUUUAACCAGAAGGGAAAAGAGCAUAUUGACUGUUUAAAAUACCAUACACACAACUCGAAAAAUACUCUAAUGGAAAUUACACUAUUUAGAUUUUUUAAAGCACAAAUUUAUAUAUUCAAAUUUGAGAGAUCUAUAUUUAAUAUUUUGUAUUAUGAAUAUGAAGAAAUGAUAUUAGGUGAAGGAUAUCUUGGAAAUUGUUUUGGUCAAAUGGUUCAAGAAAAGCAACAAUGUCUAAAUAUACAAUGAACAAGAAA